AUGGCCAAGAUAUUGCUUUGGCCGGAUACGACCAAUCCGUUUACGGCUGCCCUCAGACCUCAAGCCCCCCUGGUCAUGUCAAAAUAUGGCCAUCUCGAGGCACAAAACUCCAACAUAGCGACGAGCUCGGCUUGCAGGGCUGUUGUGGCGCGAAGCUUACUGCGUAGACGAAAGGAGCGAUGCGCCAUCAGGAACCAUGAUGCUGGGACGGCGCGGGAGCUAAUGCAGGAGGUCAACAAAAAGGCAGCUGGGGAGGCGACCCGGUACCUCCGGGGGAGUUGCGCCCGAGCUUUGACUACUCUGAUAGAACAAAAGCCGGCGGUGACGAUCAAGUGGCCCCCGAUGGCCUGCCAGUUGAGCAAUGAGACGGCGCAAACUCCGGCGGGCAUGAAGUGCCGACAGAUUGAUUUCGGCAACUCGGGCAAAGUCGGCCAUGUCCGCCUCGUUUUGAUCGCUGCUUCGGGCCCUUUGGAGAAGGUCGCAAGCCGUUUCGCAUCAGGGAUGACUACCAGGGUGGUUCACUUCAUAGCUGAACCGCAGGGCUAG